AUGGUUAACCACAGACUGCCGACAGAAACAGAGGAUGAAGCAGGAGCAGCUGCGAGAGCUACGGUUACGUCCUCGGUAAACGCCACUGACAACCCCGUUGGCAGAUGUGACCACCGCAUGGUCCUCGGAGACCAGAUUCUUAGGGUAAACUUCAAUCAGAUGGCAACUCUAGUACAAGAGGGCCUGCCAAAAUCACACGCCCUGAGACAGACUGUCAGCAUGAAGUUCAAAAGUUUCCAAGGUCAACUGUUUUUAGUCACAGUACUUCUGACAAUGAAAUGCAAGGGUUUUUUUCCCUCCUCCACCCAAUAA